ACUUGUUUUAUUUCUAAGACAUAGAAUAAAACUUGCAAGUUAGAACUUGGAUGGAAGAACGAACAGAUAGAAACUAUAGCUAGAAAGGGUCGUCUAUUGCUUACCCUAGUUUCCGAAGAUUCUAACUCUACACGGUGAGGGGGAGUGGGAGAGAUCGAUGUAACUGGAUAACUGCGACAUGAUGCAUUAAAUUAUUUGGUUUCUCUGAUUCUUUUGGUAAUCGGAAGAUCCAUGGUUCUUGCUCUCCACCUUGUUAGCCCUCUAGGAUAAUUUUCCAACUGAAGCAGGAGAGGGACGGGAAGAUAAGAGGAGAGUUUUCAGGCGCACUGGAAUAUUGGUUUCUACCAACAAUUGCAUGAGCCGGGGCCAGGCCGAUAAGUAGAUCUCAACAGGUCGAUAGACGGAGAAGAAGGAUAUCGAAAGAAAGAUCAGAAGUGGGUUCUUUAGUGUUUUUUUUUUUUUUGUCUUUUUUCUUCUUCAUGGAUUUGAGGACAAGCAAGCAGAGGUUUAUGUCCCAAAAGCUUAUUUUCUACUGUGUGUCCAUCUGUUUCUUCUCUAUCUGCACUAUCGUCAGCAUUUCUAGCACCAAAAGUCCGUGUUUGGAAGAUGUCAUCACAAGCCCGUCUGUUAGAAAACUGGGCUUCCAUUCCCAGAAGUUGGAGAACGCUACUGCAAAUGGAAGAGGAGCAGAACCUUUAGUCUCUCCGGGCAAAAGCGGGCUCUCGAACAGGAGGUAUCUGAGUGGACCGGGAUCUUCUCCACCUCGAUGUACGUCCAAAUGCGGCAAGUGUACGCCAUGCAAGCCGGUUCAUGUGCCUGUCCCUCCGGGAACGCCGGUGACAACAGAAUACUAUCCGGAGGCCUGGAGAUGCAAAUGCGGCAGCAAACUGUACAUGCCUUAGAAGUUAGAGCUUAACAACAUUUCUUUCCAGUCCCCCCCCCCCCCCCCUCUCUCCUCUCUCUCUCUCUCUCUCUCUCUCUCUCUGAGUUUAUUUAUAAUAUUGCCUAUAUUUACAUUUUGAGUUGGUGCCCUUCAAUUAAUUUCUCCCCCCUUGCACAGUUGCACUUGCCCAGGCCGGGCCGAUUGUACCUUUGGAAGAAAGUAGGUGAGAACAUUAGAAACCACCACCUGCCUAAAGUAUUAAACUAGGCAUAAUAUGCAGUAGCCUAGCUAGGGAGGUCUUGUAUGGGAAUGGGAUCACAAAUUUAUAUCUGCGUAUUUAUUAACUAAUUAUAUUAUUGGAAUGUCUGAUGAUUGACGUGUAUGAAGGAGAGAUAUAAUAUACAGUACUUUUUUCUAAUGGUAUACUACUUAUUUCGUC